UGCUGAUGGCAAUUUGUGCUCAUCACAGAUGAUCAGAUCAAAGGAUAAGCACAAGCUGGAUGCACAUUGUUUGAAUGCAAAAAUUAUAUCAAAUAGAACUGUCUCGUCUUCCUUUAGGUUGUGACCCAAAAGCCAGCUUUUCAAAUUAAUAUGGCUACAGCCCAAAUCACGCACAUCGGCCAGAAGCAUAAAACCUUGAAGGAAACGGCCCUCUUUCCAAGCCGAAUUGCUUCUGAGCAAGAGUCCCUGGUUCUGGUGAAAAGGCUGCUUGCAGUUUCAAUUUCCUACAUCAGUUACCUGCGAGGUCUCUUCCCGGAAAGCUCUUGUGGAACCUGCUAUUUAGAGGGUAGCCAUGUUUGCUGCCUUAACUCCCUAACUGAGAUUGCUCUGGAGCAAGAAUGGGCCAGCCAUUUGCAGAUCUCCCUUUUGGCAGCCCUCAGAGCUGUCUCCAAUGUAGUGGCCCAAACCUUUCUCACAUAA